GAGGAAGAGAGAGCGAGAAAGAGAGGACGGCGUUUUAUCAGCCAAGUGCAACCUGAAUCGUGAGGAGCGGACGAUGGGGGGGAAAAAAAUCCCACUGUUCUUUCUUUUUCUCUAACGUGACCGUCAUUAACAUGUAGACCGAUUCGCGUCAAAAGACCCGGAGCGUAAUGGUUUCUUCUGUCACAGGAGAAUUUUAUAGUUGUGAAUAAAAAAACCCAUUUUGGAUUAACGGAGCACUUGUUUUGGACUAAAAGGGUUUCCUUAAUUUCUUUCUGCCCGUGUGUAAAUGUUGGACCGCAUUUAACCCGAGUUUCUACCCUCUGGAGUGAAAAGUGCGCCAGUCUUAUUUCCAAGGCUUAUUUCCAACGCUUGAGCGUCGGGAUUUUUUCAGGGGUACUAUGUGGCUUUUGGAAGGACUGGACCUUAACCUAACGGGACUUAAGGCACAGAGGAAUAUUGUCUGAGGUGGAAAAAACAGCGCAUGGGAUCGUUUCUUAACGGGGACCAACUUUGGACUUGACUCUUCACAGUACAAGUACCUACUAGACCCACUGCACCGCAAUCGCUGCUUCUGCCGCUGUACAUGGCAAUAUGGAAACCAUCACCACUGACUGGCUUGUCUAUCUCCUGAGAAGUGGUGCCUAAAGAUGAAAUCUUCAGUGUUUUCUUCUUCAGUCCAGUGAUUGUUUACAGGACCUUUUUGAGGAAUAUAUUUCCAUACUGUGAGGAAUAUUUCACAGAUUUUCUUUCACCAAUUUGGAGGAAACUGAUGGCUGCUACAGUUCUACUGGAUGCUUUGCAGUGCUUUGGUUUUAAAACGGAUCAUUAGCAUCCACAACCCUCAUUUGCUCCGGAGUUACCAAUUUCCUUAUACCUUACUUUUGUAUGAAUGUCAGUUUUGUGAUUGUGUUUGUGUUUGCAUCUGCAUGGUAUAAGUGAGAAAAAGGAAAUAAGUAGUUUGUUUCACGAGCAAGAACUGGCCAAAAACAGAGAAAGCAAACAAGUGUAAAACGUGGGACAGCAGCCAUGUUCGAGUGGAGGCAGCAUUCGAGGAUUGGAUGUCGGCUACUUCAGAGUGCUACAUGUGGGAGCAGAAGCAUGGGAUAUGUAGGUCUAGAAGGUUCCUUAAAGGCUGGCUGGUGGGUAUCCACUCUAAUAUGGCUGGGAUUGCUGCUUCUGCAGGCAUGUCCAGCUGUUGUGUUAGCUCAGAAACUUGAUGAGAAUGACCCAAUAGUAACCACAGCCAAUGGCAAGCUUCGUGGUAUCAAGAAGGAGCUGAACAAUGAGAUCCUGGGUCCUGUCAUACAAUUUCUGGGCGUUCCAUAUGCCGCUCCACCUACUGGUGAGCGCCGCUUUCAGCCACCUGAGCCAGCGGCACCAUGGCCUGACAUUCGCAAUGCCACACACUUUGCCCCAGUGUGUCCCCAGAGCAUCGUCGAGGGCCGUCUGCCAGAUGUCAUGCUGCCAGUGUGGUUUACCAACAGCAUCGAUGUGGUGUCUACCUACGUCCAGGACCAGAGCGAGGACUGCCUCUAUCUUAACAUCUAUGUUCCCACUGAGGAUGUCAAAAGAAUAUCCAAGGAAUGUGCCAGGAAACCGGGCAAGAAAAUAUGUAGACAAGGAGGUCCCCUUACAAAGAAACACAGUGAUGAUUUAGGUGAUAGUGACCGCACGGACGACGAAGACAUUAGGGAGAGUGGAAGCCCCAAACCAGUGAUGGUUUUCAUCCAUGGGGGCUCCUACAUGGAAGGAACUGGGAAUAUGUUUGAUGGCAGUAUCCUGGCCAGCUAUGGGAACGUGAUUGUCAUCACUUUAAACUACAGACUUGGCGUCCUAGGUUUCCUGAGUACCGGUGACCAAGCAGCAAAAGGGAAUUAUGGCUUGUUGGAUCAGAUCCAGGCUUUGCGCUGGACCAGUGAGAACAUUGCAGCCUUUGGCGGCGAUCCAUUGCGAAUCACUGUGUUUGGCUCCGGAGCGGGAGCUUCCUGUGUGAACCUGCUCACGCUGUCUCACUACUCAGAGGGAAACCGCUGGAGCAACUCAACAAAAGGCCUGUUCCAGAGGGCCAUCGCUCAGAGCGGCACAGCUCUGUCUAGCUGGGCUGUCAGUUUUCAGCCUGCCAAAUAUGCUCGAAUGCUGGCUCGGAAGGUAGGCUGCAACCUGGAGGACACUGUGGAGCUUGUGUUGUGCCUGCAGAGAAAACAUUACAAGGAGCUUGUGGAUCAAGACAUCCAGCCGGCCCGUUAUCACAUUGCCUUCGGCCCUGUUAUUGAUGGCGAUGUUAUACCUGAUGACCCUCAGAUUUUAAUGGAACAAGGUGAGUUCCUCAACUAUGAUAUAAUGCUGGGAGUGAACCAGGGCGAGGGCCUUAAGUUUGUCGAGCUUAUCGUGGACAAUGAGAAUGGCGUCCAAGCUAAUGACUUCGACUACGCCGUGUCCAGCUUUGUGGAUGACCUUUAUGGCUACCCAGAAGGCAAAGACAUCCUCCGAGAGACCAUCAAGUUUAUGUACACUGACUGGGCUGAUAGGCAUAAUCCAGAGACACGCCGGAAGACACUCCUAGCACUUUUCACCGAUCACCAGUGGGUAGCACCAGCAGUUGCCACAGCUGACCUGCACUCCAGUUUUGGAUCUCCAACCUACUUCUAUGCUUUCUACCACCACUGUCAGACGGAACAGGUACCACCCUGGGCAGAUGCAGCACAUGGAGACGAGAUCCCAUAUGUGUUUGGCCUGCCUAUGAUUGGACCAACAGAGCUGUUUCCCUGCAAUUUCUCCAAGAACGACGUUAUGCUCAGUGCUGUGGUUAUGACCUACUGGACAAACUUUGCCAAGACAGGGGACCCAAACCAGCCUGUACCCCAGGACACCAAGUUCAUCCACACUAAGCCCAAUCGUUUUGAAGAAGUGGCAUGGACACGCUACAACCAGAAAGACCAGCUUUACCUCCACAUUGGCCUGAAGCCCCGGGUCAAAGAGCAUUACCGAGCCAAUAAGGUCAACUUGUGGUUGGAGCUGGUUCCUCAUCUACACAGUCUCAAUGAGGUCACCCAGCUCAUCCCAACCACCACCAAGAUUCCUCCACCAGAGACUACUAAUCGAAUACCGAAGAAAGUUCUGGUGACCAAACGUCCUAACCCAACCCCAUUCCCCACUGAGACACAGGACAGUCACAACCAACCACAUCUUGUGGACCAGCGUGACUACUCCACUGAACUAUCUGUAACCAUUGCUGUGGGAGCAUCCCUGCUUUUCCUUAAUAUCCUGGCUUUUGCUGCACUUUACUACAAAAAGGACAAGCGCCGGCACGAUGUUCAUAGACGCUGCAGCCCCCAGCGGAGUGCCGCAAAUGACCUUGCCCAUACUCAAGAGGAGGAAAUCAUGUCUCUACAGAUGAAGCAGCACUCAGACCUGGACCGAGAUUGCAGGGGGGUUGGCGACUCCCUGCACCCGCAUGACGUGGUUCUGAGGACUGCCUGCCCACCGGACUAUACUCUGGCCAUGAGGCGCUCACCAGAUGACAUCCCGCUCAUGACACCAAACACCAUAACCAUGAUCCCCAGCACCAUGGGAGGGCUCACCUCACUCCACUCUUUCAAUACCUUCCCCAGCAGUGGCCAGAACAACACCCUGCCCCACCCGCACCCACACUCACACUCCACCACCCGAGUAUAGCCCUGUGGAUGCACCCAUGCAGGCGGGACUCUGAUGGCUGAGGCUAAAGCUAAUGCCGCUGACGCAGCAGAGACUGAAGGCCAACUUUCUGACAAACACAAGUAUGUCAUGAGAUGAAAUGCCAUCCUGGAGUUGCCAGAAACCCAUGGAAUUACACUGGGACUGUACGACACCCUGUUAAUACCUGAGGAAAUAUAGUCAAGAGUUUCUGAGGGUUUGGACCAGGGAAAAAAGAAUAAUUAUCUUUUUGUACAAAAAUUUAAGACAAGAAAAAAAAUACAUAUAAAGAGCUGAAGAUAAACAACCUCUAAAGCUAAAACAAAGAGGAGGAUGUCUUUUUAUUGUUAUUAUUUUUGUUCUGAUAUUGCAGCAAAACAAGGUACAGUAAAAAUACUUUCUCUUUCUAGCAACAGAUAUGGCCUUCGGGAUCUUUUGACAAAUGACUGCUUGAGAGUAUUAUCUGGAUACAGAAGAGAGCAUCAGACACACCUUGGAGGUGAGAAGAAGGGAGCUCUUUGUAAAAGAAAGAAAGCGCGUUGUUUUCCUUCGGCAUCACGCUAGAGAUUACUCUGUGGGGCACAAUGUAGAUGCCAUGCAAACCAAUUUAGGCAUGUCUUGACAUCAUAAAUGGAGGCUAUGUAAGAUAAGGUAAAAAAGAAAAAAAACAAUUGUUGAAAAGAGCAAAGGAAAGACUGAAAACUUCAAGAAAAAGAAAUCCUGU